UUCUUUCUUUUUAAUGAUAGCUUGUUGUUUUGGACUAUGAACGGUGACUUUAUUCUGCUAGACCACAUCUAAUCUAGACUACAUCUAGAUCUAAUAUUUUAUUUCUUUGCAUUUAGAUCUAUAACAGAGAUUAGACUAUAAAGGACCCUUGCAAAAAUAGAUCUAAAUAUCUGUGCUGAUUUAAAAGAAAAAGAUUAGGAUGGCUAACAGAGACAAGGCUUCCAAUCAGUUGAAUGAUUUCUUGAAAUCACAGCAGAAACAAGACACAAUAACAACAGCUGCUGGGGCUCCAGUUGGUAAUAAGAAUGCUGUUCUCACAGUUGGCCCAAGGGGGCCCAUGCUUAUCCAAGACCAUGUCUUCCUGGAUGAUAUGGCCCAUUUCAACAGGGAGCGCAUUCCAGAACGGGUUGUUCAUGCUAAAGGGGCAGGCGCCUUUGGCUACUUUGAGGUGACUCAUGACAUAACAAAGUAUAGCAAAGCUAAAAUAUUUGAACAUGUUGGCAAGAAGACACCAAUGGCUGCCCGUUUCUCAACAGUCGGUGGAGAAAAAGGUUCUGCAGACACAGCCAGAGAUCCCAGAGGUUUUGCUCUCAAAUUUUAUACAGAAGAUGGUAACUGGGACCUAGUCGGAAAUAACACCCCUAUUUUCUUCAUCAGAGAUCCCAUUCUGUUUCCCAGUUUCAUCCACACCCAGAAGAGAAACCCGGUCACAAAUCUGAAGGAUGCAGACAUGACAUGGGACUUCUUUACCCUGCGCCCUGAGACAACUCACCAGGUGGCAUUCUUGUACUCUGAUCGUGGGACACCAGACGGUUACAGACAUAUGAAUGGCUAUGGUAGCCAUACAUUUAAGCUGGUGAACAAAGAUGGCAAGUUCAACUACUGCAAGUUUCACUUCAAGACUGACCAGGGCAUCAAGAACCUGACAGCUGAUGCUGCUGCCAAGCUUCAGGGCACUGACCCAGAUUAUGCAACCAGAGACCUGUACAAUGCCAUCGCUGAAGGAAAUCCUCCAUCUUGGUCAGUAUACAUCCAGAUCAUGAGCCCAGAAGAAGCAGAGAAAUUUAGAUGGAAUCCUUUUGACUUGACAAAGAUUUGGCCACAUUCAGAGUUCCCACUGAUCCCAGUGGGUAAAAUGGUCUUGAACGGCAAUCCAAAGAAUUAUUUUGCAGACAUUGAGCAGCUAGCCUUCUCACCUGCCCAUCUGGUGCCAGGUAUUGAACCAAGUCCUGAUAAAAUGUUGCAGGGUCGUCUGUAUUCCUACACUGAUACUCACCGCCACCGCUUGGGCAGCAAUUAUUUACAGAUCCCAGUUAACUGCCCUUACAACACAAAAGUGAAAAAUUACCAGAGGGAUGGCCCACAGUGUGUGACUGAUAAUCAAGACGGUGCACCUAACUACUUUCCCAAUAGUUUUGGAGGACCAGUUGAUGUCCAGGCUCACCUUGAAUCAACCUUCACUUUGUCUGGAGAUGUCCAGAGAUACAAUACUCACGAUGAUGACAAUUUUACCCAAGUUGGAAACUUUUGGAGAAAGGUUUUGUCUACUGAUGAGAGGACCAGUCUGGUAGAGAACAUUGUAGGCCACCUGAGGGAAGCCCAAGAUUUCAUUCAAAAGAGAGCAGUCCAAAACUUUUCUAAGGUUGACCCUGAGUUUGGACAGCGGGUCAAAGAUGGACUCGGCCUUGGAAAGGACAAAACUGGUGCCAACUUAUAGAAGACUAGAAAGUUUAAGAAGUCGUCAACCUGACCAACAAAUGAAGGGAAAAAAUACAUGUUUCAUUAUUAUAAUUCUUACCUAUUUGAAAUUUUAUCUGUUGCUACAAAUUUUUGUAACUACAUACUUGUGUUAUGGUGAUUAUAUUGUUAUUGUUGCAUAAAGUGCUUUAGGUUUGUAUUUUGAGAUAAACAUGUAAUCAGAUUUUCAGGUGUUAAAAUAAUAAUUAAGAUUUUUCUGUCCUGUCCUAUCAGUAUUCAUGUUUCAGGCUUACCUUAUUUUUUUAUUAUCUGUAUAUUUGUUUAACUCAAAAGCUCUCAGCAGACAGGGUAUUUCUGUGACUCUCUUUUAUACAUUUGUUGGAUGAGGAUGUGUUUCUGGUGGUGUGGUAUUUCUUUAGGACUGUCAUCACGAUAGUCUGGUGGUGUGGUAUUCCUUUUGGACUUUCAUCACGAUAGUCUAGAGUUCAAACACUGCUGUCCUGCAGUUUGGGCAAGGACGUAACAAUCAUUCUUUUCUGAAUGAACAUCUGAAAUGUAUAAAAUAAAACUGAUCAUAAUAUGGGCAUAAAAAAAAUGAAUGGUUGAGAGUUAUUCUCAGUUAAAUAAAAUAGAUUUAGUUUUUUUUUUUUUUUAAUUAAUUUAUUUGUCCAUUAAGCUUCUUGGCAAGUUAACUUCUGUGCUUUGUAGGAAUAGGAUUUUUCUGACAACCUUGCUCCAGAAGAUUUGUAUUCAAUGAAACUGAUUGAUUCUACUAUUUGUUUUCUUUUUUUGUUCUAAAGCUUUGUUUCAAUUGCUUUUGAAUCAAGUCCAAGAGAUUGCUCCAGAAGAUUUGUAUUCAAUGAAACUGAUUGAUUCCACUAUUUGUUUUCUUUCUUUGUUCUAAAGCAUUGUUUCAAUUGCUUUUGAAUCAAGUCCAAGAGAUUGUGUGAUCAUAACAAAUAAUGUUGUUGUUUUUUCUCAAUUAAUGCUUGGUUUGUACUCAAGGUUUUGUGGGAGGUUAUAGAAUGGUGUCAUGUGAAGGAAGCCAAUCAUUUGGGAUUGGGUGCAUGCAUGAAACACAAUGGUUUGCAGUGUCAGCCAUGAUGUCAUCUAUUUAACUUUAAAAACUUUAGCUGGGGCUAACAAGCAUGUAACUUGCUGGAUAUGGCUGUGUUACUCUUACACGUGUAGUUCAACACAUUGAUAUGUUACUGUAGUUCAACACAGUGAUAUGUUACUGUAGUUCAACACAUUGAUAUGUUACUGUAGUUCAACACAGUGAUAUGUUACUGUAGUUCAACACAUUGAUAUGUUACUGUAGUUCAACACAGUGAUAUGUUACUGUAGUUCAACACAGUGAUAUGUUACUGUAGUUCAACACAGUGAUAUGUUACUGUAGUUACUCAGUACAUAUCCAGUGUUGAGUGAUAAUGAAUUUAUGUCAACAAUUACUUAGAACUUAUGUCAUUUGUUGGAAAUAAAAUCAUUUCUAUUAUUAAUGUAA